AUGACAGUGACAGUGAACCAUUCACUCAGCAUAUUUUUUAACGUCUGCGGUAGUUUUAAUAAGAGUCGGUCUAAAAAAAGAACAAAGAUGAGGUGGAACCUUUUUGCGGUCACGCUAUGCCUACUCUAUCUUCACACGCAAUCCAAACAACUGUCUGCAGAAGAAUACAGGUACCGGAGGAAUCUGCUAAGGGAACACACAAAUGACGUGUCUCAGAGGAAGUCGAACCACCACAAGAGCUCCGCCAACCCCCCCGACCACAACAAGCUGGUAGAGAUGGCGAGAUACGUGAUGCACAACUGCGAUUGGGCGACUAUAGCCACCAUAUCGAUCCAGCCAGCUAUCGAAGGCUUCCCGUUUUCCAACGUCAAAUCUAUCGUGGACGGCUCUCUGGCGAACUCGACCGGCAUGCCUUACUUUUACAUGUCACCUUUGGAUUUCACCGCGCGCGAUUUGACGAAAAACACACGGGCCACCGUUCUUGUGUCCCUCGAGGAGACAAGAUACUGCGAGAGUCAAAAGUGGGACCCCGAAGACCCGCGAUGCACCAGACUUAUGCUCUCCGGUAAAAUGAAGAAGGUCAAGGAAGGUACACCCGAGUACACAUUCGCCAAAGCUGCCUUGUUCGAAAGGCAUCCGGCCAUGGCGCAUUUCCCGGCGGACCACGACUGGUUCGUUGCGAAGAUGAAAAUCGCCCAGAUAGCAAUGGUCGACUGGUUUGGCGGGGCAAAGUAUGUGCCGGUGAAGGACUAUCUCGCAUACAAUUACACUGGUCAAGAAAUGCUGCACUACUACAAUCGCUUGCACCAU